AUGUCGGAAGUUGCAGCAAAGAAAAGAGGUCGACCGAAAAAGGUUGCAGCUGCGGCUCCGGAUGACAAUGUAGUUGUUCUAGAGGAGGCCGCCGCGGCGCCCGCGAAAACGCGAGGCAAGGGGUCGGCAGCGGCCAAGAAAUCGACUGGAGCGUCGGCAGCAACAACAACAACAACAACGUCGUCGUCGUCGUCGGCAAAGAAGGCGAAACCAGUGCAGGAGGUGCACGAGAUUGAGGAAACCAAGAAACCAACUCGCAGGAAAACGACAAAGGCUUCUUCCGCAGCGGUCACAGUCGAGGAAGAGCUGAGUGACGUGAAAGGUUCUCGAGCAGAGAAAGUGCAAGUUCCAGACGCAAAAUCAAAGGUGGGAAAACUGGCUGUCGAGGCUACGAAAUCUGCUUUGUCUACCACGCAAAAGACAGCGCCGGAGACUGUGAGAGAACAGCAAGUCGCCGCACCGCAAACCUCUGAGCGCGAGCGGACUUCCUCAUCAGGCGAAUCGAUCUCGGUGAUACUGCAGCAAGCCCAAAUAUUCAGCGAGCAGUCAAACGAGCUGCAUCAAAGCAUUGUCCAAUUCGUCAAGGAUCGCGAAGCUGCACUCCUCUCGACGGCACAGGAGCAGCAGCUGAAAGAAGAGACUACAACCACUACAACCACUAGUAGUACGAGCAGUGGUUCGGCAUCUACCUCAGAGCAUCAAACCCGGGUCGAGCGAGAGAACGCAAUAUUAUCCUCAAGCGGCAUUGACAAGGAACCAGUAACCACAACCACUCCAACGAGUCAGAGUGAACAACCAACGUCCGUCCGACAAUCGGCGUCAGCCUCAUCCUCAGCAUUUCCAGAAGAAGCAACACCCGCUUGCCCCGAAGCUGUCACAACAUCCACCAUAAUCACCUCAUCUUCACCUUCCACAUCCACCAAUUUCGCUCCUCCUCCUGCUCCUCCUCCACCACCACCACCACCGUCCACAAUGCCACGCCACAAUUUCCCGCCCUCUGCCUUCCCGCCGUCAACGUGGCCGAAAUACACGAUCCCGCCAUCGACCCUGACGGCGCUCGCCGCGCGAGGCGUCAGCACGCAGCAACAGCAACGACAACAGCGUCGCGGCGGUCCCGGUCCUGCUGCGGCAAAUACUGCUAGUAGUCAGCAUUCGACGCUUCCUCCGCGACCAGUCCCGCAGCAAGCCCCUGCGCCGCCCAAACCGACUGAACUGCCCAUCGCCCAACUCCAAAGGGACCCUAGAUACCGGGCCCUGUCGAGCCGGUGGACGCGGGUCAUGGUCGCCUUGCCGGUUGCUAUUGUCAGUAGCUAUUUCCUGUGGGAGAGAUACAAUGAGCAGCAGGCGUACCGCGCGGCGGUGGAAGCGAAACGGAGAGUUCAAGGGUCGACGACGGCGAGCGAGGACGCUGGUCGAUGAUUAUAUUCACAGCUGGAGUUGGCACGGCCCCUACCUGAUCUCAGCAUUUGAGUUGUGUUCUUGGUAGCAUUGGUCUACGACAAGGACGAGCGGCAGGCAGACCAUUUCAAGUUUUUUCGCGCAUCGAAUGUACCCUUAACGAACGUCCUGCUGCUAGCUUUCCUCUACCAAGGCGGCAGGUAUAUUUGUUGUGGGGGGUUCGGUCUCAUGGCUUUCAGGCUCGGACAUGGAACAGCGCGUCACAUACGUAUCUCACCAUCUCGAACGUCACCAAAUAGGCAUUGAAAAUACGAGUAUGACAUUCUCUUCUCAACCA